GCAUUUUAAUUGUCCACUCUGAAACAACAAACGAUGCCAAAUCUGCUGCAAGCGCCGCUAUACCAACUUCAGCAUCAACGCUAAGUGAGGUCACGUCGCUAACGUCAACGCUAGCCAGUGCACCAACGACAGACGAAACUGCGAAAGAUAAACGUCAAGUUGGCGCGAAAGAUGAAGCUGUUUACGCAAAUCAUCGCUCCGACACUGCGGACGCUGAUGAUCCGGAAAAUCCACAGGAAACUAUUUAUGGCCCGAAACCAACUCAAUUCAUUAUACGUCCUAUUGCACCGCAUGAACACCAGCAGCAUGAAGAUCAUCAGCCGCCACAGUUGCGCAAUUAUCCGGCGACAAUACGACCACACAGCACACAGUUGUUGGAACAAAGUCAAGAGAUUCAACAUUUUGCAUAUCUACAAGACAUCAACCGCAAUCGCCCGAAGUCUACUUCCGCCGCUACGGAACUGACCGGUAAAACACAUUCAGCGCAACAAUCGAAGAAAGGUUUCAAGUCAGGACGUGCUCAUGCACCUGCUUCACAGUAUCGUGGCAAUGCGGAAGAGGCCGAACAACAAUAUGCUAUUGCCAUACAGCCACCCAAUCCAACAGCCGCGCAGGCGCCACAUUAUGGAGCGCCACCACAACAGAUCGCGCCACGUUAUCAUAUUGCGGUGCCAGUACAGCAACAGCAACAAUUAGCACCCGCAGGCCAACCUAGCGCACCACAACAACCCUAUCAAAUUAUACCCGAAGAGGAGUUCCUAAGACUUUUGGAAGAUGAGCUGCGUGCACGUGCUUUUCACGAAGCCCAAUAUCGUCAACAGCAGCAGCAGCAGCAAACUGCACCAGCACCGUUACCCACUAAACCCUUGCCACAUCCUACUGAACGCAUCGGUCAAGGUUUAGGCAGCUACCGUCAACAAGCGCAGCUACAGCCUCAAUCGCUUGCCGAAGAGCCAACACCCCAAUAUGUGCAGUAUGUGCCACGCCACCGCAGUGGACCUAAGUAUCUGCCGCAGCCCCAGCCUCAACUGCAGCCGCAACAAGUUGAGCCACAAGCAGCCGAACCGGCGGCAGAGGCACCAACACACAUACCACCUCAGCUAGCCUACUAUCAACCGCAAGUGAGUUACAAAACAUUGCCAAAUCAUCCGCUUGCCAAGUCAUCAUUGGAGAAUGAAAUUGAAAAGCUGCUAGCCGCAAAUAAACCUUCGCCAAUUCAGCUAACGGAUAAUUCCAAUGAACCAUCUGCUGUAGUGCAUCAGCACCACCAACCACCACAGCAGCAGUUGCCGCCACAUCCCAUACCGCGCCCGCGUCAAUAUGCAGUGCAGCAGAAAAUUUAUUCGUCACCAAGCAACUCACAACCGACACCCACACCGCUGGUAGAUGCGAACAAUCAGCCAUUUAUACCCUCUUUGUUUAGAUUUAGCAACUUACAACAGCCAACACCCAUUUAUCCUACACAAGUGCCACAACACGUUGUCGACUCCAAGAAAUUGGGACCAGUUAUCUAUCCACCAACUCAAGCGCCCACGCCUGCACAACAGUCACAACAGCCCACGCAAUACUUCUAUCAGGAACUGACACCUACGGCCAGACCCAAAACUCACCGCUCGAAUAAGUACGGCUCAAAAGUUUCUACUUCUUCUCCGAAAUUGCGCGAGAAGGAGCCGCCAAAUUACCCGAAUGUACCCGCCGCGGCUAAAUACCUUAACCCACAUUUGUAUUACGAUUACGACCGACAACCCAGUGGUCAGAGCUCGCCUGCGCAAUUCCAUCCCAGCCCUCCAGAUCCAAACACCCCCACGGCUGAACAACAACAACAACCACAACUUCAGCAUCAGCAGCAAGUCCAGGCACAUCAUUACUCAGCUCCAGCGCCCGCACCACCACCACAAACACACUCAGGCCGGCAAUACAUUUCCCCACCACCAGCACCAUCGCAAUCGAGCAUUUUUGUCGCGCAAGGCACAGGCAUCGCUACACCAUCGCGUAGCAAUGCGGUCAAGACGAAGUCCAUCGAAGACGUACGUCAAUUACAUUUGCCACAACCAGGCGGCAAGCCGCUUACACAAAGUGAAUUUCAAGCUCUGAUCGAUGCUGGCUACCCAGUUACGGCUGUACCCGUGCCAAUACCUGUACCUUACGAGCAGUAUAUCAAAGAACAUCCAGAAUUCCGCAAUCAACCAGUGGACUAUGCGCAACUGAUGCAACGUAUAGCGCAGCAAUAUGGUCCACGUAGAUUACUGCAAGCUCAACCCUCUGAACCAUCAGCAAAUGUUGCGUCCGCGAUGGCAGAUGCACAAACUGCGACGGCUAUCGGUGGUGGAAAUAUAACCUACCUGCGCCCAGUUGCCGAACAAAAAAGGCAUCCACGUGAUGAGGCGGAAACGGCUGUAGCUGGAAAUACGGAUGAAGCCAAACAAUAAUGUGCGAAUACAUUUACAAAUGUAACAAUAGCUUUUAACUGUAUUUUAUCGUCGAAUUGUCGAACAAACGAAGAAUCUAGUAUAGUCCCAGAACAUGCACGGCAUCAAGCCAAGGCGAGCCGGAAAUUUAAAAAUGUUUAGCAACAAUGAAAAAACAACUAAAGUGGGUCAUAAUUCGAAUUGCAAGUAGUAAAAAAAUCUAAAGACACUCCAUGAAAAAGUCAUUACACACUUUGCAGGUUUUGCAAGUAGUUCAGGCUUUGUAGGCUUUCCAGGCCUAAGCUUUCUUCAAAAAAAUUUACCGGUGUUCUUUGUAUCAUAUCAUAUGUCUUGACCCUCUAGAUUUUUUAGCGAUUCAUUCAGCUAUAAGAUUGGUAAGACACGAAAAGCACUGAAUACUUAGUACGAAGCUCUAAAUGUGUUUUCGAUAGCUGAAAUUACAUAUACAGGGUGUGCUAGACCACCCGUCACUCCCUCUAAAAUGGAAGGAAAUAUUUUUUGUUGAAAAACGCAAAAAUAUGGCUUACCUAAUCAAGGUGCUCUAUCUUUUGGUUGUAUUACCGACUUUCAAUUUCGACUGGGGGUGGGUUAAACUAACCAGAAGUCCUUUUUUUAAUUAAACGUACAUGUUUUUACUACAGAACCUAGUUCUAAGGAUAAAAAUAUAUAACUUUUGUUUGAAACUUUUUUCUCGUAAGUGCCUUUUUCAACCUCUAAAUGACCUUCAAACAGCAACUCGCCCUGGAAAACGAAAGAAAAACAUAUAUGGAUGCUCUAUCUUUUGGUUGUAUUACCGACUUUGGGUUUAUACCAAUUUACAGACUGGAAGUACUUUUAUGCGCAGAAUCGGAAUCUGGGAUUAAAGCAUGUGGGAUAUGCAUAUUUUUACCACAUAUUCGGUUUUAAAAAAGUAGACUUCCGGUCAGUUCAUCCCACUUCCGGUCGUAACCGGCAGAUGGAGCAUCCCCGAUUUGUUAGGUUUUUUUCGUAUUUCAAUAAAAACCAUUUCCCUCCAUUUUAGAGAGGGUGGACGGGUGGUCUAGGACACACUGUAGAUUCAUAACUAGCAGUCGAUCAACAAUUUCGCUAUUGGAUCUCUGAAUCUUGACGAAAUUACCCCGUUUGAGGCCACUUUUGAGGCACAGCAGUGGUGUUGUUUAAAAGAAAGACUUGAAAAUUACUUAGGAUUGAAUCCUUACUAAUUUUUGUGGAAUCUACUUUUUAUUUUCAUACAUAUAUUGGGCUUCAUGCAAGUGAGCUUAAGCUCCGAUUCAAUUUUCAGUGCAAAUUCUUGAGCUUAAGCUCACUCCAUCAGUGCAAAAGUUGAGUCUGAGCUUAGGCACACGUUUUAUGCAUGAUGUCGAUUGCCGUAAACCUAGGUUAGGUUGGGUUAGGUUGAAGUAGCUGCCAGUGACCCCACUAGCAGACCUAGACCCUUAGCUUGUGGCCCCGUUGUGAUACCGCGCGGAUCAUUAGAAUCCUUCGUAUGCCUACCUCAGCUAUGUAGGUUAAGUCUUUUAAUAAUCCUGUACCCGUGGCAUUCGUCUCUUUCUACAAAGUGUGUGGUAUUAGCAUAACAGGUGGCCUUCGUCAACUCUGCAGCUUCAGCAGAAUUAGUUAUGGGGGACCUCUAACCUCUCCGCAUGCCUUCCGAUGGCUAGAUGGCUCGUUAGCAAACCUGUCUUAAACCUAACUUAAUUCGGUGUUCAAAGACUUCGUUCGCAUUUUGAACUUUGAUCAAUCGUUAAGAUCGAAAGAGUUUGGGUCUAACCGUGGAAAACUCAAAUUUAUAUUUAUGAACAAUAUAUAAAUUUACGCAGUUCAUUUCCUGGACUAGUAAAGUUGCGAGUCUUUCAAGGAUUUCGGUAAUUUUCUCUCUUUUAGCCCCGAAAGAAUUCAACUUUUCCUAAUUAUUAGCCUUAUCAUUGCUUAAGUCGUAAAUUAUGCUAAAUUGUACGACUCGACAACAGUAGCAUUGUUUAUUGUCGUAAUGAAAUAAGUAAACGACCAAAAUCGUCGAAAACUAUACAGUGCUGCCAAGUUUUUCCAUUUUAAUACACUAGUCGAGUGGAAAUUUUAGGCAAUGACCGCUUUGGGACUAGUCGUGAUUAUUUUGGGGCUAAUAAUGGGCCAUUUCACGACCGUUUCGAGGCAUGCUCGGGACUAUUUUGGUAUCGUUUCGAAGCUGUUUCAGGACCAUUUUGGGACUAGUACAGGCCCAUUUCGGGUCUGGUUCAGGACUAUUUUCGGACUAGUAAUGGGCCAUUUCAGGACCGUUUCAUAACUUAUUCGAAAUCCUUUCGGGUCAAGUUCAUUACUUUUUCAGAACCACUGUAAGACUACUUCCGGAUAAUUUUGAGACUAGUUCGAGAAAAUUAGAACCUAGUCACGAAAUGAUUUUGAAAGAAGUUAUGAAAAAGUCGUGUACUGGUACCGACAAAAUGAAUAAAAUGGAAUGAAAUUUAUGUUUACUUUGAAACUUAAUCAAUUUAUGUAUGUAACGAAAUCGCCUAAUGCCUUGCCAUAUAGUGAAGUUAACUUCAACUAACCCCCAAUUAUCAAUUUUCAUACGAUAGACGAUAAGCGCUUGCAGGCGUAUCGUGUGAAAUCAGAUCUCGUACUAUCAUUUUCAUACGUCCGACAGAUGUAUUGUUGUGAAUGGAUGUGGUUUUUGUUCACUUCAUUGUGAAUCAGCACAAAUCCGUUACGCUAACCAUCGGAUUUCAUACGACAAAUAGAUUCAUAAUGGAAAAUAACAGAAUGCAAGGGUUUAUCAAGCAUCGCACGAAUUCAUAAUAGGGGGGUAAACAAACCCACUAUUCAAAACUGGUCUACCCAUUCAUUAGAAAAAAAUCAUCAAUAUUUAAUAUUCAAACAUUGAUACAAUAAAAUAGAAUUAAACGUACGGAAUAUUGCGCA